AUGCGAUCUCCGCUUCAAGUCCUACGUCUAGUUGCACGAUCCCCAUCAGCUCGUUCGAAACAUCGCAAACGUUCAAACUACAUUGCAGUGACGCCACCAUCCAUCAAUUCGUCUUUGCUUCCAUCUUCUCUGUUGCGACCGGUACGGGUCGAUGACCGAGAACUUUUCUGUCGUGCUCGACGAGUACAGCGUUUGCAACAAUUAUCUCGCAGUAGCGACAACCACUCGUCCACAAGCUUAGUCAGUCAAGGAUGGCGGUCGCGAAGACAGAAGAAAGGCUUUGAGCUUUAUACACGCCAAUGUCCGAUAAGUGGCGACACAAACAGCGCACAAUCCCUACCAUUGCUACUUGAUAGCGAGGUCUUGGCAGUGGGAAAUGUUGCGUGCUCAAUCGAUCAGUUGGCACUGCCACUUAGUUCCCCAAGCGAAGGCGACUAUAAUUCGGUGAUGCAUUCACUCUACGGCUCAGACUUUAUCUAUGGAUCACUCGUGCAUAAAGCAACGUUCCGUCGUAGGUCGCACAAGCGAGGUACUGACGCCAUUGACAAGAGAGUGGCCUCCAUUCGACAAGGAGAUGAUCGCAGCAAUCAAUUACUGGUAAAGACUUCUGCCUUUGCGUGCACCUCCAUGUUCGACAAGAAGAACCAGCAAAUGUGUUACGGUGAACUCUUCUCGCCUACACCAAGCGGUGGCUUUAGUAUUUCAACCUUUUCGUUGGCAGGCCAAGAAGUGAUCGCAGGUAAAGUCCGAGUCCCUCUGCGUCGUACAUUACACCAGUUACAUCCGUUUAGCACAUGGUUCUCUGCUGAACCGGCAAGCACUGGGGUACACGUAAUCUUUCGAGCUCGUUUCCACCGUUCGGAGAGCAACGGAUCGUGCCCGCCAAAGGUCAUGAAUGCUCACCUUUGGAAGCUUGUCCAAGGUGUGUGUAAACUAGAAAAACUCGUCGACCGGAGAACGGAGCAUUGUCGCGAGCUGAAAAUCCAGACAAACUAUGUUGCUGCUAGUGGACCCCGGAACUCGCGCUGUAUUGUGUGUACACGCACUCUAAACCAUAUCUUCAUGACGCGAAGCUGUCGACGCUGUGAACUCUGUUCUUACAAUGUAUGUAAUGAAUGUUGUUCGCGACAACAUGUGACCAUUUGCAACCGACAUGUAACCCCGCUUCUUGUUUGCACCCGGUGUCGUGAGCGUCUUGCCCGAGAAGAUUUUGAUAGUCAAUUACGAGCCGUAUACUCUGGUUCUGUAUCGAUCUAG